AUGGCAUUUCGUGUUCUUUUGCCACAAACCAAUGAGAAGAAGUCAAAUAAGUCGAAGAAAACUGAUGCUGCGUCUUCGGGUACCAAGGUGAAGUCAACUAGUUCUUCUAAAAGUACGAAGCAGGUUCUUCUUAUUGAAGCUGAGCCAAUCCAAUCGGAUCCUAUUAUUGCGGAUACCCAGUUAACUGAAAAGGAAGUUAUUCCUUUGAAGGCUGGUGUAUUUAGAAGAAUCAAAAUGAAAUCAAAGUCGAAGCGUAAGGGACGAUCCGCUCUUACGAAUAUUGUUCGCAAAGCUCAAGUUUCACAUCAAGGGAAGAAGAAUGGUAGGGUGAUUCUUUCCUCAGAAUCUACUGCAGAUGAGGGUGAAACUAUUCCUGAGACACCUGAGGCAGAUUUGAUUAACGAUUCUUCUCAACUGGAUACUUCUGUUAGUACACCACCUGAAGUUUCGAUUGCUAAAACAGUUACUGUGGAUGCAUGA